AUACCGAAAGCGCCGUUGUUUUUUAGGGCGUUUUAGCCACCUUACUUCUUUGUGGUUGUUUGCCUAUCUACAUUGCCAUUUUGUAAAUCCCAUUGACCACUUGCACGUCCACGGAUAGAUGAUAUAGACGCGAAUUGGCCCGAACCCGAAGUCUGAACCCAAAACUCCGUUAGUCCUUUGUUGAUGGUAAUCGUGCAUUGGCGGAGAGAAAUCGAAAUCGUUAGCAUUCCGUAGAGGCAUUCGAGGCACGGAGCGAGCAUGUUCAGUAUCAGCGAGCUCUGUUGCAUGUUUUGCUGCCCCCCGUGUCCGGGUCCCAUUGCGGCCAAGUUGGCCUUCCAGCCGCCGGAGCCCACGUACAAAUUGACCCCGGCGGACGAUACCAACAUCCGGUACAACCUGCAGUUGUUCGACCGCGCCGAAUGGCAGUACUCAGAACGUGAGAAAUCGAAAGUGGAGGCCUUCUUUACGCGCACCUCGCGUGGCAACCUGAUCACCUGCAUCUAUGUCAGGUGCAGCAAGAAUGCCAAGUACACGCUGCUCUUCUCGCACGGGAAUGCAGUGGAUUUGGGCCAGAUGAGCAGCUUCUACCUGACCCUGGGCUCCCAGAUUAACUGCAACAUAUUUGGGUACGACUACUCCGGCUACGGAAUGAGUGGCGGCAAGCCCUCCGAGAAAAAUCUGUAUGCUGACAUAGAGGCAGCCUGGCAGGCAAUGAGAACCAGAUUCAACAUCAGCCCGGAGACAAUCAUCUUGUAUGGGCAGAGCAUUGGCACUGUGCCCACUGUGGACCUAGCCUCGCGUCACGAGGUCGGCGCUGUGAUACUCCAUUCGCCGCUGAUGUCCGGCCUAAGGGUCGUCUUUAGGAACACAAAGAGAACCUGGUUCUUUGACGCCUUUCCCAGCAUUGAUAAGGUGGCUAAAGUGAAGGCUCCGGUUCUGGUUAUCCACGGCACCGAUGAUGAAGUCAUUGACUUUUCCCAUGGCAUCGGAAUCUACGAGCGAUGUCCUAAGACUGUCGAGCCGUUUUGGGUGGAGGGUGCUGGGCAUAAUGAUGUGGAACUGCAUCCGCAUUAUUACGAGCGACUGCGCAAGUUUCUUUCGGUGGAACUCGUGAAAUGACAAUUAAAGAAUAAUGUGGACGGAGGCGUUAGUGACACUACAUCGGGUGUAAUAUCUAAUUCAAACCCUGCCGCCGGUAGUGCGUCCCUAAGUUCAAAACACCCGAACCCUGCUCCUGCAGCAGGAAGCGAAACAAGUAAAAAGAAUGUGGAUACAAAUGUCAAACGGAUUGAAAACGAUGGUGCCUCAAAUUCCAGCCAGAGUUCUACUAAAGCUCUCGAGCAGAAGUUUCUUUAGCAAAAACAGUCGGGCUCGUAUUCAAAAGCCCAACCCUUCUCACCACAGUUCCCAAACAGGGAACUAUCAAGCAAAUCGUGCGGAAACAGACAUAGCAAACAAAAUAGGAAAGAAGACCCCCCACCAUUAACUGAUAUGAAGUCGAACGGCUUUUUUGUUUCUCGAUUAAAACAACCAAAUAUUGCUCCAACACUUCCAGUACUCUCUCCACAUUCACCAAUGAAUGCUAAUAUACAUCUAAAUAGCCAGCAUACGCAACUCUCCGGUCGAUAUCUAAAUAACAAAGUGUCCCAACAAAUCGACGCCGAAAGUAUAAAAAGAGUGGCAUCAAACAGAUCUCUAAAGGACAGUCCAAACGUCUUAUCCAUUUCAUCAACUGUAAUAUGCAAUUGUGAGAAAGCCCACAAGUCGAAUGGGUCAGAAUCGGAAACAAAUGAGGAAAUCAAAAUUAAGCUGAGUUCAGAUACUGGUAGCAAGUCUACCAUUAGUAAAUUUAAAGACACAAAACUAUCUUCAGCAUUGGAAAAAAACGCAUUAGAUAAUUCAACCGAGGGGUGCUUGCAAUUGAAAAGUGUAAUUGGAAAGGAUACAAAAUCGCUGUCCCCGAGACUGGCGUUACAUAAGAGUGGUUUUCAACAGGCCAUCAUAAUUUCCGACGACAGUGAGAUCACGAAGUCUUCUCGAUUAGAUUCCCAAAAAACAAGGCAGCUCUCCACUAAUUCAGACAAUCAAUUUUAUCGACAGCUUACCCAUAAGAUUAGCAAAUCGGAGCAAACUUCCCCCAACAACUUGGAGCUAGACAAAGCUAACUUUCUGUAUGAUACGAACAAUAGGAGUACGGGCUGUUUGGUGUAUCCUUCGGAUCCAUGGAUAAAGAAUUCGCACAUUAAGAACAGCCUGUCCCCGAAAACGGAAAAGUAUUCAAACAACAUGCAUCACAAUAUCGAUCCGUGGGUCAAGAGACAAACAGACGCUGCUGGGGAAGUCUCACGGCUUCCCAAGAAAAAUAUCUACCGCGAAAAAUCCCUUUCUUCCAUAAACAACAAAUUAAUUUCCGCCAGAACUGAGAAAUCAAAGUGUGCAAAGCCGCAGUUGAAGCAUUCUAAAACGGAGCAGGACGACGAUCAAGUAUUUUUAAAUGAGCCAGGAUUACUUUUUGCUCCAUUCUCUCCACAAUAUCGCAAUACGCCGCAUAAAAUUUGGUCACUCGACCAGCCUUCUAAUGAUCUGAAAGCCAACAUUCAAAGCAAGUCAGCUAGUUUUUUACCGGACAAGGUAAAGGAGAUUUCCAGUCCAUUGCCGAACCAUAUUAGAAAAUCUGUACAACAAAACCAUGGUAAUUUGCUUUGUCCAAACGAUCAAGCAAGAUCAUUGCUUCAGGUAGAGAAAUUGCAUUCUAGACAUAGCUCCUUAUCGAUUCCCACUCAAUCACGGGAGGAACUGCCCCUUAAUAUCCGCCGACUGUCCGAGCAGAUCCGUGAACCGCCUUUGGAGAAGAACAUCUCUUUGUCCCUCAGCGAUCGUAACGUUAGUAAAAUUCCGACAUCUGAUGGCGUGGGUGAUGGUCACACAAUGAUGGCUUCUCACAAGACGGAAAAAUUUCAUGUGAGUAGGGAUGCCGCAGUGCAGAGUACCAGCCACCUUGAAGACUUUAUCUCCCUCACACGAGCCCCCAAAGAUUCCACAACUGUUAAUAAUGUAAACCCCUUUACGAGUACUUAUAAGCCUGAUCCACUUUUAGAAACCACCUGUUAAAACCGUUCGCUAGGAAGCCGAAAGCCGAUAUUAAAGUGUCUCUGCAUAGCUCAUUCAUAGGUCAUGAAAAUAUACAAAAUAUAAAACCACAAAAGCAUACAUAUAUGUCUUAUAUAUAUCAAUCGAAUCUAAAUAUGAGUAAUAAAAUAAACAAGUAAUAAAUAAUAAUUUUAGUAGUACCUUAAGUUUGAAAUUUUUACAGUGAUUUUGCAUUUAUAUUAAGUAACACUAUAAUGCCCUGCCAACAAUAUGGGGCUGAGUUCUAGGCUUAACUACAUUCGCAAGCAUAUAUAUGUGUGUAAUAGUGUAUUUUUUCCUCAUUUUAUUGUCAUUUUACAUAUUUGUUGUAAUACAUUUUAUAGUAAUAAAAUCUUUAUAAAGAGCUAA